GAGGAGCGCCCGCGAUGGAUCAGCGCCCCGCCACGGCGCCGGCGUCAUCGCUCUCGGAGAUACGCUUUGGAUUGCUGUCCCCGGCGGAUAUUGUCAGUCUCUCCGUUCGCUCUAUCAGCAAGCCUGCAGAUGUUAGCGAUCCCUGCCUCGGACUUCCUUGCAUUCGUGGGAGCAAGUGUUUAUCGUGUGGAGCGAAUGAGCCAAAGGAAUGCCCGGGCCAUUUUGGUCGCUUGGAGCUCGUAACCCCGGUCUACCACCCAGAGCAUUUGCGAAAGCUUUGCAAGGUUCUGGGGAUGGUUUGCUUGAAAUGUGGCAAACCGAGGAAGAAGCCCGGGAGGAAAGAGGAAGAACUGGACGUAAAGGAAGAGAAAGACGAAGAGGAUGAAGCGAAGCAACAAGAACAGACGGCAGCUGAGAAGGGAAAAGCUAUAGUGAAACAUAGCUCGUGUCCCGCUGAAGCGAAGCAACAAGAACAGACGGCAGCUGAGAAGGGAAAAGCUAUAGUGAAACAUAGCUCGUGUCCCGCGGGGAUCAACGAUCCAACUAUUUCCUACUUCACCAUAUCCGAUAGCGAGGACGAAGGGCUUUUCAUUGUGGACAUAAUGGCUGAAGAUGCCAAAAGGGCCCGCUGCGAGUUUUGUGAUGGAAGCUACAAAUAUCCCAACGUUAGAGUCCUUUCAAUGAAGUUCCAGAAGUAUCGGAUUGAAGGAAUUCGUAUGGAGUGUCCAGGCACGAAACCUCCUCCGAAUGGGUACUGGAACUUUCUGGGAGGAGCUUUGAAGGGACGUCGGAAAGUGAAACUGACUCCCAUUCAGGCAAGUGCACUAUCAAUCCUGAAAAAGGUCCCAGCGAGGGUCUUACCCGGCGUAGAUGUUGAGGCGUUCGUGCUGGAAAUGCUUCCAGUUCCUCCAAACUGCAUGCAGUCUUUACUAGACCCGAGGACUGGAAACGUCUCAUUUUCAAGCAGUGGAGCGAUUCAGACACUGCGGAAGGUCGUGAUGGAGAAUGCAAAGUUCGUUGACAGCUCGCCGAAAGCUUUGAAGACAAAAUGGAAGACUCUGCAACACCUCAUCUCGCAGUAUCUGCGCCUGAAAGGCUGCCCAAAGAUACGUAAUAAUCUCGAGCCUUUAACGAGGCCAGGAGUGACUGUGAAAUGCGCCGAAAUCUGGAAGAAUAACGUGACUGACACUAUCUUGUCGAAGAUGACACAGUACUGUGCCAUUGCGCUGCUCACUGGCGACGCUUACCUUGGUGUAGAGGAGAUUCUCAUCCCGGAUGAGAUAUCUAGGCAGGUGACGCUGCCAGAACGAGUGACAGGUUUCAACGCUGACAAGCUUCAAGCAAUUGUCAACGACUUACAGGUCGGUUUCAUCGAGCAAAACGGCGUCACUUGUGACCUGCGAGGCCAGUCCGCUGAGAGAAGGCAGUUGGAGAUUGGAGCUGUCGUUCAUCGCCCUGUGCGGGACGGGGAUCUUGUUUUCGUGAGCAGGCACCCGGCGGUUUACAAACACUCAGUCAUAGCGCUGAUUGCAAGGAUCCAUCCCGGGAAGUCUUUCAGAAUCAACCCUUUGGUGUGCUCUCCUCUCAAAGGAGACUUUGAUGGAGACCGGCUGCACGUUUACUUCCCGCAGGCCGAGGAUGCAAGAGUGGAGACGAAAGAGCUUAUGGGACUGAAGCAGCAGUUUCAGGCGUUGUCAAGCGGAAAUCCGGUGAUAAGUUUGACGCAAGACAUGCUAGUUGCAGCGUACAUACUGGUUUCGAGGCACAUCUUCUUUACAGCUCCACAAAUGCAGCAGCUGGCUCUUCACGCUGAUCGGUGGUCGCUACCAGAUCCAGCGAUUGUCAAGCCACUGGCGCUGUGGACAGGUUUCCAGGCAUUUGGACUGUUACUGCCUUCGGAGUUGGCAUUCUCCACGAGGACGGGAGUCUUGAUUUCCGACGGGGAGCUUGUUACAGCCGGUGACGAUGGUAGCUGGCUGGGAGGGGGAACCGACUCUUUGUUACGUGCUAUCCACGAGAAGUUUGGUGUCGCAGAAGCAAUAGGGUACCUUGAUUCCUGUUGCUCGAUGCUGAAAGAGUUCCUACAUAUCGAAGGCUUCAGCAUUGGCUUGGGAGACUUCAACGUCAGCGACAGGCAGAGAGAAGCGAUCUCGGAGCUUCUGGCGUAUGCUAAAGAAAAUUACGUGGAGGAGCAGGACUUCAGGGACGUUGAGCGGUGCCUAGAAGUUAAGAUAAAGAACCAGACGAGGAGAGGGAACAGGCUGCAUAUGAUGAUGAAAGCAGGCAGCAAAGGGUCCGCGUCUUCGGCGAGAAUUCACGUCGCCUGUUUAGGCGUCCAGGUUGUUCACGGUCGCUCGGAAUUCAUCGACAAGUCGUUUUGGAGUGGAUUAGACCCGUCAGAGUUUUGGCAACACAGCGUGUGUACCCGAGCUACACUCUUGAAGUCAUUGACGAUGCACGACGCGGGGACGCUGGCAUCGACCCUGAUGAAUCAUCUGGAAGACGUGUAUCUUGCCUACGAUGGCACGGUUCGUCACCGACAGAGUGAGCAAGUCGUUCAACUGGUCUAUGGCAAUGAGUCGGCUCAACCGGGUGAAGCCGUAGGGGCCCUUGCAGCGAGCUUCAUUACGGAGCAAGCUUACGACACUGCAUACGAGGAUUUCAAGAAAACGCUGCAGUCAAGUGUUAACGAGGACAAAGUUACGAUUUUAAGACUGGAAAGGUGUGGCAUCAACAACUGCCACUGUUUGGAGAGGAGAUUGUUGGAGCUCAAGGAACAGCUACAACCAGUUCACUUGAAGGAGAUCACGAAGGAGGUGAAACUUGAGUACGCACCGACCAUCGUGACUUAUUGGCUUUGCCAUUUCUCUCUGGACCUGGUACUUUUUACUCUUUCUUUGAGCGUCUCUCGAAGUGCCGGUGUUUGGCAGGAGCGUGUCGAGGAGCUAAAUUUGAAUCUGGAAUCCAUUCGGCAGUUGAUUCUAGGCCUCGAUUUUUGCUGUGAAACUGUUCUGUCCUGUGGCAGUGAAGAAGCGUGCUUGCACGUUGCAGCAGCAGCUGACGGUGAUGACAUGGAAGACUCCUUGAACGUCUGGAACUACAAGCUCAUACCGAAGCUCUUGGAGGUCUACGUUGCAGGCAGCAAAGAUGUUCAGUCCGUCACUGUCACUCGUGACGAUCGUCAAGAGUUAGUUCUACAAGUGGCUGCCUCGUUUCAAACACUGGCAGGACUCGGCCUGGACACUGUAGAUUGGCAGCGAUCUUCUCCAUUCACUGUUCGGGAAGUAUACGAUACGUUUGGUGUUGAGGCAGCUUGUCAGUUUAUCUAUGAGAGGCUGAUGACCAUCACGAGCUCGGAUGUUAAUCCCAGCCAUGUUCGUCUUCUUGCGGAUUAUGCAACGCAUACUGGAAAUGUGCUUGGCUAUACAAAUUCAGGUUUUAAGGAAUUUCUCAAGAGUACAGGCUCGUUGGCACCAUUUCAACGUGUUGCGGUGAAUGAACUUGAAGCCGCCGCACAAAAUGGUCUCUGUGAUCGUUUAAAAGGCGUGGUUUCGUCUACGGCUUGGGGAAAGCGUCCACCGAUUGGAACAUCCACCGACUUCAAACUUGUUUGGAAGAUGGAUGAUCCGAGCUGGGUCAACGUAGACCUUUACAAGUUCCUUGAAGGAAAUGUAUGCAAGCAGCCGCUCACACCAGCCAUUGCCGAAGGCCGUAAAAUGCUAAACAGUGAAUGGGAGUCGCAGCCGCAGGGAACAACAGAAACUAAUGGCUGGGACGUGCCAUCAACAACUGAGAACCUGGACAGUGGAUGGGGAUUGUUAACCACGACAGCGAACGUUGACAAUGGCUGGGGAUCGUCAACCGCGACAGCCGACGUUGACAAUGGCUGGGGUUCUUCAACGACAACUGCUAUUGGCGGAAGUGACUGGGGAUCAUCAGCGACUGACACUGUCAAGAAUGCGACGUCGACUGUUAAUGCCGACAAUGGCUGGGAGGCACCAAAUUCCGGUGCGGAUCAAGGCAAUGGCUGGGAAACAUCACGUUCAGGUGUGGAUCAAGGCAAUGGCUGGGGAGCAUCAAGUUCAGAUGCGGAAGUUCAAAUUGGCUGGGCGUCAAUUCCCAGUACUGAUCGUCCGGAUGUAGCUGAAGGUCGCGAAGAAGUCUCCUGGAAUACGGCCUUCAAGGAUGACUCCAAGUUGGAAGAGCAGAGAUCAAAAAGAUCAUUUGCUCCUCUUGGUUGCAGAAGGAUUCCGAAUCCCCAUCUCUCAGAGGUAUGCAACGAUGGCUGGUCGUCGGAACCUGCGAACAAGGAUGAGGGAGGUGGUUGGGGACAAAGCUCAGAAGUGAUCAAUGGAAGUACCUGGGAUUCAACCAGCUUUGACGCUCCUGCUCCUGCUGCUCAAGGUCGUGACAGCAGCGACUGGCUACGAAAUGACGACCUGGAGCUGCAAGAAGAAAGACCCAAGCGUAAGUUUGCUCCUACAGGAGCAAACACGAUUCCUCUUGGCAAAAGAAGAGUUUUUCCAAAACUUGGCGUUGACAGUGCUAAACAGGACUCAGGCACCGAUGCCAAAGAUGUGGAAAAUAACGAGGAAAAGAACGUAGACCACGGCUGGACAAACUCCGGCUGGAGCCCUGUGAAGAACGACGACCAAGUAACGGUUGCAGCUGACAUUCAAGUUGACGGCUGGGGAGAAGCUCCAAACUCAGGUCAGACUUCUAUUCAAGAUGACGGCUGGGCAGCAGCUCCAAACUCAGGUCAGCCUGCUCUUCAAGAUGACGGCUGGGGAGCAGCUCCUAGCUCAAGUCAGUUUUCUACUCAAGAUGACGGCUGGGGAGCAGCUCCUAACUCAGGUGUGACGAGCAACGACGAAGAAGCCGCGCAAGCUCAGGGCUGGGGAUGUAGUGCACCACAAGAAAUCGAAGGUGCUCCAAAGACUAGCGCAUUGCACGCCCGGGACCGUCCCCCUCCGGAUCCCUUUAAAAGAAAGUUCUGGAUGGAGGUGGUGGAGGUCGUGAAUCAAGCCAGAAUUGUGCUGAGAAGUUACCGAAACGGCGAUCGACUUUCCGAGGAGCACGAGACGGCCAUCAUGGAGAAAAUUCUCGUCCAUCACCCCUCGUACGACCAGAAAGCUGGAGCUGGUAUCGAUUUCUUGAAGGUCGAUCGCCCAGCGAAAUUCUCCGACUCGAGCUGCUUCUUCGUCGUCCGGAAAGACGGCAGCGAGGACGACUUCUCGUACCACAAGUGCCUGCGAUCGCUGGUCGAGAAGAGCUUCCCAGAGAACUAUCUCGCCAAGUAUGACGCAUCGUGCCUUCCCAAGGACUGGAUCAAGAAAGUGGACGAUUCAAGUGGAGACAAUGCAAGUUAAGUUCUGAGACAAUGCAAGUAAGUUUCGAGACAAUGCAAGUUAAGUUCUAUCUUUGCUA